ACAGACAUGGCCCUGCCACCUUUCUUCGCCCAGGGCCGGCAGGGACCGCCGCCCCCGCAGCCACCUCCUUCCGCUCCGUUCGGCUGUCCGCCCCCGCCGCUGCCCUCCCCGGCUUUCCCGCCGCCUCUUCCCCAGCGGCCCGGCCCCUUCCCGGGGGCAUCCGCCCCCUUCCUCCAGCCUCCGCUGGCACUGCAGCCCCGCGCCCCGGCCGAGACCUCCCGCGGCGGCGGUGGCAGCGGCAGCAGCGGCUCCUUCUUCCCGGUGCCGCCCCCGCCGCUACCGCCGCCGCCGCCCCAGUGCCGGCCCUUCCCGGGGCCCGACGCCGGCGAGCGUCCGCGGCCACCGCCUCCAGGCCCCGGGCCGCCCUGGAGUCCGCGCUGGGCCGAGGCGCCGCCGCCGCCCGACGUGCUCGGGGACGCGGCCCUGCAGCGCCUGCGCGACCGGCAGUGGCUGGAGGCGGUGUUCGGGAACCCUCGGCGGCCGGGCGGCCCCAGGACACCGCGCACACCCGUCGGGCCCAGCCUGGGCGAGGUGCGCACGCGAUUGCGCGCCGCUUUUCGCCUGGUGCGGCGGCUCCGUAGCCUGGGGCAGUCCCUGCGCGAGGCCGAGGCCGACGGAGCGGCCUGGGCCUCGCUACACGCUCAGGCUGUGCCAUUGAGAGCGGAGCUAGUCGAGCGGCUGCAGCCGCUGGCCCAGGCCGCCUAUGUGGGCGAGGCGCAGCGGAGGCUGGAGAGGGUCCGGCGCCGCCGGUUGCGGAUUCGGGAGAGGGCCCGGGAACGCGAAGCUGAGCGGGAGGCGGAGGCCGCGCAGGCCACAGAACGGGAGCAGGAGAUUGACCGCUGGAGGGUGAAGUGCGUGCAGGAAGUGGAGGAAAAGAAGCGGGAACAAGAACUCAAAGCAGCUGCUGAUGGUGUUUUAUCUGAAGUAAGGAAAAAGCAAUCGGACACUAAAAGAAUGGUAGACAUUCUGCGUGCUUUAGAGAAAUUGAGGAAACUGAGGAAAGAAGCUGCAGCGAGGAAAGGGGUCUGUCCUCCUGCCUCAGCAGAUGAGACUUUUGAGCAUCAUCUUGAGCGACUGAGAAAACUCAUUAAAAAGCGCUCUGAACUGUAUGAAGCUGAAGAGAGAGCCCUCCGAGUUAUGCUAGAAGGAGAACAGGAGGAAGAGAGGAAAAGAGAAUUAGAAAAGAAACAGAGAAAAGAGAAAGAGAAACUUUUACUUCAGAAACGAGAAAUCGAGUCCAAGUUAUUUGGAGAUCCGGAUGAGUUCCCACUUGCUCACCUAUUGCAGCCAUUCCGCCAGUAUUACCUCCAGGCCGAGCACUCCUUGCCUGCGCUCCUUCAGAUAAGGCAUGAUUGGGAUCAGUACCUGGUGCCGUCUGAUCAUCCCAAAGGCAACUCCAUUCCCCAAGGAUGGGUCCUUCCCCCGGUCCCCAGCAACGACAUCUGGGCAACGGCCGUUAAGCUGCAUUAAGACGCUCCAGGAGUGUGAUCCAGCAGGCGAGCACUGCAGCUCUGGAUGUUAGUGAUGCUGUCGUCUCACGCUGUAGUCUUCUGUACAACUUAAACUUCAUGCGCUAUUGUCUUAGCUGGAAGUCAUGCUUCUUUCUGGUCUCUGCCCUGGCCAGAGGUGCCUUUUGAAACAGAUUAAUAAGGUUCUUCGGGAAAGGGCCUAGAUGAACUGAGGUUGUUAACACGGACAGUGGCCUUGGCUCACUAAAUGUGCCUCUGUUUUGAGGGGCUUGGUGAAAUGUGGCCUGUUCACUUUCUCUAGGUUUGUUGUAUAUUGGUGGGUAAGUACAGUCGUCACACUUGGUUACUCCUUACCUUCCUGUACCAAUUGUCCUCCAGCUCCCAAGAGUACAGGUCAAAGUUUGACCUAAGUUCCGUUGAUCCCAGUUUUGGUGCAGUUGGGAGGCUGCUACUGAAGAUAACAAUGGCUUUAGACUGGGCUGCCAGGAAUGCUUAGAACUGUUGUCCUGUGGAGAGCUUAGAAAACCAGACCCGGCCAGUGCCAGACAAGGUUCGCUCCUGCUCUGACAGACUUUGCCUGUGUCCUCAUGAAAGCAUCAGUCUGGAGUUGCAAGAGAUCUAGCUAUGUCGGGUCUUCAGGAAUAGAAAUGCGUGUCCCUAUGGGACUGUAAUCUUAAUCACAUGAUAGGGGCUGGGGUAGCUCUGGAUUCCCCCACCCCCCUUAGCUCAAGCUUCUAAAAAUAUCCAUGUAGUAAAAGUUUGGAAAAGAGCAAGUACAAAUGGUAAAUUUUAUUUUUUUAUAUUCGUUAAUAAGGGCUAUUGUGUUUGGACACGAUCAGUCAUGACAUGUUAAGGUUUUUGUUUUGCUUUGUUCUGGGUUUUGUUAUUUAAUUUCCUAAAAGCUAAAUAAAUGCCAUUUUCACUUUUUUGUUUGA